CCAUUCAUACAUGCACGUAACAAAAUUGGAUAGUACGAUCAAUUUACUUAGAAAAUGGCUAGUGCAUCAACCUCCUAUGCUCGAAUUCUCUUUCUACUUUCAUUGCAACUCAUCACGGUCGCAGUUAUUGCUCAUCAUGAUUGUGGACCUUUCGAGGCCAACGAUAGGGAUCGAAUUCAAUUUGCUCAAAACUUGGAAUUCCUAGAAGCAGAAUAUUUCACUUAUGAUGCACUUGGGAAAGGUCUAGACGCUUUUGCUCCAGAAUUGGCUAAGGGUGGACCUCCUCCAAUUGGUGCCAGGAAGGCCAAUCUUGAUCCUGUUACUCGUCAAAUUAUCGAGGAAUUUGGUUAUCAGGAAAUUGGUCAUCUCAGGGCCAUUGUGACAACAGUAGGUGGAAUACCAAGGCCUCUGUUAGAUAUCAGCUCUGAAAAUUUUGCCAAACUAUUUGACAAAGCAGUAGGGUACUGUCUGGAUCCUCCAUUCGACCCUUAUGCCGACACCGCCAACUUUCUCACAGCAUCAUAUGCUAUCCCUUAUAUGGGACUCGUAGGCUAUGUCGGUACUAUCCCAUACCUCGCCAACUACACUUCAAGAAGGUUGGUUGCGUCACUGUUGGGGGUGGAAUCUGGACAAGAUGCAGUUUUACGAGCAUUGCUCUAUGGGAAAGCCUGUGAAAAAGUGGUAACUUAUGACAUAACAGUGGCUGACUUCACAAACGUGAUAUCAGGGCUAAGAAACCAGCUUGCCAAGUGCGAUAUCAAAGAUGAAGGUCUAAUAGUACCCUUGAAGCUUGGGGCUGAGAACCGAACUACAAGUAACAUCCUGUCAGCUGACACCAAUUCACUCUCCUAUGCAAGAACUCCGCCAGAGAUUCUAAGGGUAGUGUACGGAGAUGGCGAUGAGCAUAAGCCUGGUGGGUUCUUUCCUGAGGGUGCAAAUGGGAAAAUUGCAAGAUCCUACCUCUCUGAACAUCAUAAAGAUUAGCUUUCGUUCAUUUAUUUAAAACCUCUCAGCUAUGUUAUAGUAUACAUAUACGCUUUGAUAAGCUUUAAAUUAUUAGAAUAAUCUGGCAGAUGUUAGGUUGAAUGUAUUGGUUAUUGGAAACUAGCUAGUAACUAUUAAUGAUUCGCAUUUGAUAGUAACCGCAUGAUCUACCUUUUGCUUGCA